AACCCCAAUUGACCGCAAGGUGCCUGGAGCGAUGGCGGUGAUCACCUUCACACCGCUGUAUGGCGUGCACUCCAGCGCGCCCUGCUGUGCGUAUCUGCUGGAGGUGGACGAGGUAUGCAUUCUACUGGACUGUGGCUGGACGGACGCGUACGAUGUGGAGCUGCUCAAGCCUCUGCAGCGCGUAGUGGACCGCAUCGACCUGGUGCUGGUGUCGCAUCUGGACUUGGCGCACAUGGGGGCGCUGCCCUACGCUAUGGGCAAAUUGGGGCUCAAUGCACCCGUGUACGGCACGUUACCUGUGCACCGUAUGGGGCAGAUUGCGCUGUACGACGCGUUCCAGGCCAAGACAAAACACGACAGCGACUUUUCACUCUUCUCGCUGGACGAUGUGGAUCUGGUCUUCGAGCGGUUUAAGCAGCUGAAAUACUCGGAAAAGUUGACGCUCACAAGCAGUGGAGAGGGGAUCGUUAUCACGCCUCAUGUGGCCGGUCAUCUGAUUGGAGGUGCGCUCUGGAGGAUCAUGAAGGAGACGGACGAUAUUAUCUACGCGGUGGAUUACAAUCAUCGCUCGGAGCACGUGCUUCAGAAGACGAUUCUGGACUCGUUCACUCGCCCAACGCUGCUUAUUACCGAUUCCAUGAACCUCCAUGCGGAACAACCCAAGCUCAAGGACCGAGAUAGCAAGAUCAUGAUGGAGAUUUUGAAGACAGUCCGAAACGGUGGAAAUGUACUGAUCCCGACCGACAGCUCUGGUCGAGUACUUGAAUUGAUGCGAGUGUUGGAUCAGUACUGGAUCCAGAACAAGCUGCGUGACCCCAUUGCUUUGCUCCAUGAUAUGAGCUACUACACGCCCAAGGCUGCACAGGCAAUGCUGGAGUGGUGUAACGACCGAAUCGCGAAGAACUUCGACGUUGGUCGCCAGAACCCGUUCCAAUUCACACACAUUCAUUUGGUCCACACGUUGGAAGAACUGGACGCAUUGCCGAACCCCAAGGUGGUGUUGGCUACGUCUCCAAGUCUAGAAUGCGGCUUUGCAAAGGAUAUUUUCAUUCGCUGGGCUCCCGAUCCUCGAAACAGCAUCAUUUUCACGUCAACAACGCCAGGGACGUCGUUUGCAUCCCGUGUACUGAAGCUGUCGAAGGACCCAUCCGCUGAGAAAACUAUUUCAUGCACAGUGACGAAGAAGGUGUUCUUGGAAGGGGCAGAGCUUGCGCUUUAUGAAGUGAAGGAGCGAAAACGCCUUCGUACAGAGGCUGAGAACAAGGCGAAGGAGAUUGAAGAGGCUGCCAUGGAAGAUAUGAUGAUGGGAAUCGAAGACUUUGAAUCUGAGUCGGAAGAAGAGGAGACUACACAGCAAGAAGUUCAACUUCGAGGCACUUUUAAGGUCGGCCUUGGACAGUUCGCAUCGGUUCGGUAUCCCAUGUUCUUUGCCGUGGAGCCAAAGAUCGAGUGGGACGAAUACGGAGAGAUCAUCAACCCAGACGACUUCAAGGACGCUACGUUGCUGGCAAAUCGCCAGGCUCGUCGUAAUAUCAUUGAAGAUGCCGAUGGGGAUGAGGACAUGGAAAAUGCUGAUCAGGAGGCUGCAGUCGAGACUCGUCCUACCAAGACUAUCACGAACGAGGUCGUCGUCAACAUCGCUGCUCGUAUCACGCAAGUGGACUUUGACGGUGUUGCAGAUGGCCGAGCAAUUCGAAACUGUUUGGGCAAUGUCAAGCCUCGCAAACUCAUUUUGGUCCAUGGCACUGAGAAGACUACGAGCGAGCUGAAGCAGUUUGUGGAAUCGUCCAUCCCAAUGUGUGAAGCUGUGUUUACUCCAAACGUGAUGGAGUGUAUCGACAUUGAGUCCGACACGAACGUGUACAAGCUGUCGGUCAAGGAAUCGCUGUACACAUCAGCGGUAUUCCGGAAGGUUGGCAGUCACGAAGUCGCUUAUGUUACUGGCCAACUUGUGCUACCCGAGAACAGCUCGGUACCAGUGUUGCAGCCUCUGAACGAGAAUGGUGGCCAGACGACGCACGAGCCUAUUCUGCUGAGUGACGGCAAGAUGAAGCUGGACGUGAUGAAGCAGGUGCUGGGUAAAGCAGGCUUCCAGGCCAAAUUCCGCGGAGGUAUGCUGGUCUGCAAUGACGGUGUGGUGCUCAAACGUGCAAUGAACAACGAAAUCGUGAUGGAAGGUACACUGUCCAGGAACUAUUAUCGCAUCCGAGCGCUGCUGUAUGAGCAGUUCACACUCGUGUAGGCUGAAGCCAUUUUCCAAAACACGGUGGUACAAAAUAGCAAAACCUGAUGAAAACUUCAACCGUAUUUUGAUAUUUGAACAUGCUUCCUGC